AUGUCAGACAUCCAAAUUUCGAAGCCUGCAAAGCCGACCCUUUGGGGUUUCUUCAAGGAGGUUUUCAAUUGGUAUCCGUCUUCUUAUCCUUCUGAAGAGCGGAAAUUGCUCCUCAAGCUGGAUGUGUCAAUCUUGGUUUUUGCUUGCUUAUGCUUCUUCGUGAAAUACUUGGACCAAACAAAUAUCAGCAAUGCCUACGUGAGUGGGCUCAAAGAGGACUUCGAUCUAUAUGGCAACCAGCUCAAUUACUUUAAUGUCUGUUACUAUACGGCAUAUGUCGUGUUCCAGGUUCCAGGUCUGCUUUUGAUGUCUCGCCCAAAGCUGGCUCGCUGGCUGCUUCCCGGACUUGAAGUUCUGUGGGGUAUUUGUACAUUUGCCCAAAGUCGUGUCACCAAUGUCAAUCAGCUUUAUGCCCUUCGAUUUCUUGUUGGAAUGCUGGAAGCCCCUGUCUUUGCUGGAACUCAUUUUAUUCUUGAGGCCCUGCAAGGCUCCUGGUAUUCUGGCCCAGAACUUUUCAAGCGUGCUGGUACUUGGUUUAUAUGCAACCCAUUGGGGAGCAUGGUCAGCGGAUAUCUGCAAUCUGCUGCCUAUACUAAUCUCUCAGGAGUUGGGGGUAUGCCUGGAUGGAGGUGGCUAUUUAUUAUCGAUGGCAUCUUUACGAUUCCUGUGGCUUUGCUUGGAUUUUUGAUAUUUCCGGGGAUUCCAGACUCGCCACGUCCAUUUUACCUGACCGAAAGUGAUAUUGCAUUGGCCAAGGAGAGGAUAGGCAGGGCCAAGAUUCGGCGACCAGGUAAAUUAGGGCUUGAUGUCUUCAAGCGAUCUAUAAAGCGGUGGCACAUCUGGGUUUUCGUCACAUGUUACGCGUGUAUGAUCCUUUCAUCCUAUCCCGCGUCCUACAUGAACCUAUGGCUCAAAGCUGAGGGAUACUCCGUUACUCAGGUCAAUAAGCUGCCGACGGGUAUUUAUGCCAUUCAAAUUGUCGCGUCUUGGCUUGGCACGACAAUUGCUGCAAUCUAUCCUUCUUGGAUCAUCUAUUCGAUUGCCUCGUUCGGGUGUCUCUUUUCGUCACUAUGCAUGAUUAUUUGGAAUAUUCCCACAGGAUUGAAGUUUACCGCAUGGUAUAUUUUCGGUCUCUCGGGCUGCCUAAGCCCUAUUCUAUAUUCCACGGUCAACACCAUUGUCAAGGAUGAUUCAGAAGAACGAGCUCUAAUCCUGGGAUCAAUGAUGACAUUCGGCUACUCAUUCCAGAUCUGGGUUCCACUUCUUGCGUUCCCAACCGCUGGAAAAUACGGAGCUCCACGAUGGAAAAAGGGAUGGCCCGUGGCAUUUGUAUUCUAUUUCUUGUUGUGGGCGGGAUUUAUUGCUGCCUUGAUCAUCCAUAGACGGGAUCAAAGGAAGAAAGCCACUAUGAUGGCAUCAGACAGCAAUGAGGAUAUCGAAACAAUUGUGGAUCAAGGACUGGAUCCUAAAUCUGUCUUGAAGGAUUGA